CUGGAAAAAGGCAUACUAUACAGCAGGUCGCAUAUUUGGCAGCGAGAGGGGCGAGUGACAGUCCUCUCGUCUUCUUGAUCCUUCGUGCUUCUGCUUCUCCGCCCAUAAACUCUCUCUCUCAAUCUAGGAAGGAUUUCACCAGAGAGGGCACAGAGAGAGGAUCCUGAAGGGAAAACAUGCGAGAGAAGAUGUUGCUUGGAGAUAAGUGAUACCCUCGUAUAUAAAGCUAGUACUUCAGCAACAAAUGGAGAAUCGUCCAGGGCAUCCUAUUUCCAAUUAUGAUUUCUUGUCAGGGAACGGCUAUCAUACGAAUAAAAUAGGUCAUCAAAACUAUGACCAGGACUCAUCAUCCACCAAGUCUGGCCGGUCUCAACAAGAAGCUUCUGCAACGAGUGACAGAAGUCUGAAUGAGCAACAUACCUCAAGGUCCUCAGCUCAAUCUGACAAUGAUGAUAACCAUGGCAUGCCCGGGCAGGACAUGAUGAAUUUGCCGUUGUCUUUGGGGAACCAAGAAGCUGUUUGCCCCCCUCCAAAGCUUGAUUACAACCAAUCAUUUGCUUAUAUUCCUUAUGCUGCUGACGCUUAUUAUGGUGGGGCAUUCACAGGAUAUGCUCCACAUGCCGUUGUUCAUGCCCAAUUAAAUGGUGCAACAAAUUCUCGGGUGCCACUGCCUGUCGAGCCUGCAGCGGAAGAGCCAAUGUUUGUUAAUGCAAAGCAAUACCACGCAAUCCUUAGGAGGAGGCAGAUGCGUGCUAAACUGGAGGCCCAAAAUAAGCUGGUUAAAGACCGGAAGCCAUACCUUCAUGAAUCUCGCCAUCGUCAUGCCAUGAAACGAGCUCGUGGAUCAGGGGGGCGGUUCCUCAACACAAAGCAGCUCGAGGAGCAGAAACAACAGCAGGCUUCAGCUGGUGGAAGCUGCACAAAGUUCCUUGGGAAGAAUACACUCCUUCAGAGUAGCCCCACUCCCGCACCUCCGCCAUCAGCUCCCGCCAAUUUGUCAAGUUUUUCAACAAGCAGCAGAAUGCUGGCUAAUAAGGACCGCACCUGCUUUCCCUCGGUCGGCUUUCGUCCACUCAAUGGAGGAGACGUGAAGCUGACCCCGCAUGGCAUGCACCAACAUGCUUCCAUGAUGAGGUAAAGCAUCCUAUGGUGCGCCCGUGGCAAUCCAUCCUUGGCUUAUGUUCACAUGUACUGCAGAUGUGGUUUCAGUCUCAGUUGGACCAAACAUUGUUAGAUUCCUUCUGAGUUCCCUGUAGUUGAAAGCACUGGUGGUACUGUAUGUUGACACUGAAAUCGUUGCCUGAUUUCUUUUGUGUGUACUCUGUUCCAAUAAGGCACAGAUCGAACUGCGUUUGGUUGAGAACCCAACAGGCCUUCAUUACCUGAUGUGUGAUGUACCUAAAACUUUAAUUCACAACUGGUUGGGAAGCCUGAUGCAAUGCUGUUGUGGUCCAGCAGCUUAACUA